AUGAUUGGAAGAAAAGAAGAAAAAAACUUAAUUUUUUUGAUUGAUUUUGGACUUGCUAAAAAUUUUCUUAAAAAAGAUGGAACACAUAUCCCUUUUUAAAAUAAUGUUGGAUUGAUUGGAACUACCAGAUAUACUUCAAUUUAAUCUCAUUUAGGUAAUGAAUAAUCUAGAAAAGAUGAUUUAGAAUCUUUAGGUUAUUGCUUAAUAUAUUUAUUUAAUGGAACAUUGCCUUGGAUAGACUUGAAAUAAUUAUGUAAAGGUAUGCCUUUUGAAUUCAAUAAAUAUAUGAUUUAUGUAAAAAAUCUUUCCUUUACUGAAGAGCCAAAUUAUAAUUUUAUUAAAAAUCUAUUUAGAGUACUUUUCUUAGAAUUAAAAUAUGAAUAUGACGAUAAAUUCGAUUGGAUUAUUCAGGAUUAUAAAAAUAUAUCAAGUGAAGAUAAGCAAUGUAUGCAUAAUUUGGAAAUUACAGGUAAGUUUGUUAGAAGAAAGUUUGAAGAAAAUAUUAUGAAAAAUGAUGAUGAAAAUAUUAUGUAAAAUGAUGAAGAAGAAAAAAAAAUAGAUGAAAAUAUGAAAUAAAAAAGAUUUUAACAAUUUUGA